AUGGCCUCCCACCGCAUCGGCGCCCGCCUCUCGGGCCUCUCGCCGCAGCAGCUGUGCGCCUUCAUCGACGAGCAGGCGCCUCUCUGGAGCGCCGCCGCCCUGCGCGUGGCGGAGGAGCACGCCGCACGGCUCGUGGAGCAGCCCGAGUGGGUGCUCUCCGACGUCCUCCUCUCGCCGGACCUCGCCCCGCACAUCCUCGCCCAGCUGCCGACUAAGGAGCACGCCGCCAAGGGGACUGUUUGCGCGGGAUUCAUUUUUCUGCCGCUGGGUCAUUGCACAUUGGACUUGUGGAGCCGCUCGCUGGCCAGCUUAUGCGAGAACUAG